AUGGACGAAAAGUCUGUUAGAUUUAGCACAUCACAAAACAUGCAAGUGAAACUAACCGAAUUAUGUUUGUGUGUAUUUUUUAGUGUUUAUAUAUCAAACCUUUCAGUGGCAAAGCCAACAGCAGGACCAAAGUUAGACAUAUCUUCCAUCAAGUGAACCAAGGUAUGUAGUUUUGGCUUCCUCAUAAUAUCUGGGUGCACUUCUUCCAUACUGUCCAAUAGACUAGAUAUUAUGGCCAUGAUCUUUCCAUAAUCCCGAGUGUCAACAUGUGAUGCAUAUGAAAUAGAAAACACCUGUCAAAUAGGGAAUAAUGAUGAUAAUAUUAAUAAACACAAAAUUGCUUGAAGCUAAUGUCAGUAUUUUCCAGGUUACAGGAAUUGAUAUUGCACAUUAUAAGAAACUAUAAAUAGAUGGGCAAAAAAUACCAUAUUUCAUAGGCAUAGCGUAUAAAUUCACUAAACUCAGCAAUGCGAAAUUUUAAAACUGGAAACCCUACAACUUCCAAUAGAUAUUUCCGGUAAUUACGUCACCACUAACACUGUUUUCAACUAGGACCGCCUUAAAUGGAAUAUAUUUCAAGUUUGUUUCUCACGGGCUAUGGUCAGAGAAGCAGAACAUCCUUUGUCAACACAUGCAUCAAAAAGAAUUUUGGACUUUGACCAUUAAACGUGGAAAUAAGCAUAAACAUGAAAACGAGGCUGAGGGGCCAAGCCACCUCUUGGCCCCUUAGCCUCGUUUUCGUGUUUAAGCUUAUUUCCACAUUUAUUGGUCAAAAUCAAAAAUUCUUUUUGAUGCAUGUGUUGACAAAGGAUGUUCUGCUCUUCUGACCAUAGCCCGUAAGAAACAAAUUUAAAAUCCAUUUCAUUAAAAGUGGUCGUAAGUUGAAAACAGUGUUAGUCGUGACGUAAUUACCGUAGAGGUCUAUUUAAAGCUCAUAUCGUAACAGCUACGGUUUUCCAGUGAUGUUCAAAAUUGUGUUAUCUUACUUAGCUCAUUGUCCAUAUUUAUAUAAAAUUAGCAUUAUUGCAAAGAAAAAUGCUAGCUAACAUAAAAAUAUCAUUCUCAAAUUCAUUAAUAAUUCAUGAGUAAAUUAGCCAAUGAUAAUCACCUAUUUGAUCACAAGAUGCCAUUUGGAUACUUGAUGAAAGUCACUAGUGUUUUCAUCAAAUAUCUUAAUUACGCAUGCAAAAUUACUUGAAUAGAAUUCCUAAUUACGUUAUGCUUGGUUAAGAAUUCUAUUCAAAUCAGAAAACAAAAACAUUCCGUUACGUCUCGAUUCAUUUGAGAAGCCAUAUAAACAACUCGAGCUCGUGUCUCACCGGGAUAUCCAAACACUCGAAAACAAUGUACGAAGACACUCGCGCUCGUGUUCUCCUACAUUGUUUUCUCGUGUUUGGAUAUCCCGGUGAAACACUCGCUCUCGUUGUUCAUCUAUUACGUGAAAACUUUAUGUUGCACGCGUCAAAACGUUAUUUAACCCAUUAAGUCGCAUUGUGCCCGAUGCGCCCUAUUUAUUAUUUUACUCUGUCUAACGCCAGACGAUUUUACUCAUCAAGGGGAGAGCACUGGCGCUUAAUGGGUUAAAUAAUGUCAUACUUCACUGAGAUUUCUCCACACUUGUAGUUCCUCUUCUGUGACUAUAUCCAUAAGUAUGAACACAGCUAUUUGUGCCCAUAGCUUAAAAUCACGUCCAACAUAUGAUCCAUACAUUGUUGUAAUGCUGCUAGCCACUUUUCCAGGGAAUGCAGAGAAAUCAAAUACUUCAAUUCUGGCUUUAACUUUUUUCUUGUCUGCAGGUGAAAGGCCUUUCAUUGUUUUUGCCAAGAGGUAUUUCUCAGCGCCAAGUAAUAUUGUGUGCAGUAUUUCAACAGGUGUUUGCCUAAAAAAAGAAAAUUGAAAAUUGUUUAAUGAAUAGGUAAACACAUUUAGGGGCUUCGGUGGCCAAGUGGUUAGCGCAUUUGCCUUUCACCUCUGAGGCUGCAGGUUCGAGUCUCACUAAGUACCUUCUCAGUGCGACUCGAACCCAGUCCCCACGUAAAAAGAGUUAAAAUCAACGCUCUGCCGAAAGCCGUGGGUUUUCCCCGGGUACUCAGGUUUCCUCCCACAGGGAAAGUUGACAGGGUGGGUUGGGUAAAAAGGGCCCACAGUAAUUGGCAUACGCUGUUGUGGUGACCCUGCCCUAGUUGGCAAAGCUAAAUAAAUAAAAACACUCAGAUGUAAGUAAUAGUUAAUACUGUUUAAUAUUCAUGUAAUGGUAAAAUUAAAUUAAAGUACAUCACAACUUAAAUGUGAACACAGUUGUUAGAAAAAGAUUGUGUAAAUAUUUUUGUUAACAAAUUAGCAUACAAACAUGCAUAAAACAGAGAAAAUGACAUUAAAAGGGACCGGUCAUUUGUUAAGGGAAGAGGGCAGUGGGUGAGAAAUUCCAAAAAUUUUAACUAUUUUUGAGACAGGAUGCCCCCUCCUAACCAGUAUCCUUUUACACGUGUUUUAUUUUAUUCAUGUUUUUAACGAGCCCACAGGGGAGUUAAAAUGCAAACAAGGGGAAAUGUAAACGAAUAGGAUUGAUGAUUGGCGAGGUGUAGGGACAAAGUUGAAAUUAGGUGGCCCACACUCACAUUUCAUAAUUAAAUUCUGGUUAUUGAUAAACGCCUAUUAAAGUUUCUCCAAGAACCAACAACUAGGUUUACAUGGCGAUAAAACACAUAAUACUAUUCUUUGUGGAAACACCGAAUUUAUUUGUUUUGAAAGCACGUUAUCGAGCCGGUGGCGUCAUAGAUCGUAAACUCCCUAUUAUAUAUUAACAUAACUUACUCAAUUGCACUGAAUGUUUUGAGUUCAUCAAAUUGACCACCACGUUCAGUUACACCAGUUUCUUUCCGCAGCAGUUUCUUUUGCCUUUCUGAUCUACAUGUAUAUGUGUAAAAAAACGUAUGUAACACAAUUGCAUCUUACGUACAUAAACUUGUAAAACUAUCUUACUUUGAAAACUAACAGUUACCGUGCAUUAAUUAUCGUGGAGACUGUAGUUCUUGUUCCUUCGUCAGUCCUUAUGUCGCCUAUUUCUAUAGCAUUUUCCUUUGUUGCCUAUUAGACAAAAAGUUAAAGUUUAUUCAGAAUUUAAGCUUAAAGUGUCAAAAAUUGAUCCGCGUUAUCUAAUUAACUGAUUAUUAAAUCUAGAAAACCUACGUCACAUGUUCUACAGAAAUGGAUUGCAGAACUUCCCAGGUGAUGAGUAAUCUCUGAAGCUCUCGGGUUAUCGCAUACAACGCAGAGAAUAGGACAUUGGACGAAAACGUCUUUUUUGGUGAGUGCGUCAUACAUUACAAUGCCUUCUUCAAGUUCUGUAUAAAGCAAAAUCAUAAUAUCUUACUAACUGGAAGUAAAGUCUGUAUACGUUAAAUUUUCAAACUGAGGUCUUGCUGUAUUGACUGAAUAGUGGAAGAUAGUGAGGUUUAUUAUGUGGCUGUAUGCCUAAUUUCUUGCUUCUGUUUGCAAUUAAAUCAAUUAUAAAAUUUGUGCUAUUGUUUUCCUCACAGGCCAAUAAUAAUUUCGUAUUGCCGGUUGCCAAUACGGGAAAAUCCUGUCACGUGAAUAGGCAAUAAUAAUAUAGCGUAAUUGAAGGCCAUCAAAUGAGUAUCAAUAUUCGUAUAAAUUUUCUACAUACUUGCUAGAUCGGUUGCAAUUACUUUCCCCAUCGUGAUUGAAUCCACUAAAUUAGACGCACAUAUAAAAUUUAUAUUGCUAAAUUUGGUGACAUCUUUUCUUGGCAGGCCUGCGAGAAAAAACGAGUACGUCUCCAGUCGGUUCCAUUUCUUUGAUCUGUUGCCACUUGUUUCAUCUGAAAAUAUCACGAUCGGAAGAGUUAGCGUCUCUUUGUCGCCAGCCAAACGUUUUGUUGGAUGAGGAUUUUGGUGCAUAGUAAUUUCCUGAAAAAUAAAAUGUUUUCAUGGUCAGGACGAACAGUCAGAACUGUGAGAAAAUAUUCGUUAGAGUGUAACAGAUAGAACGGCAGGAAAAUAAUUACAUACUAUAUGCAUACGGAUUAAUAUGUUAUAACAAUGUACAAGCAGCAGGAAAUAGACAAAUACUGUACCUUUUGAGUCAAAGGGACUAUUUGGCCAUUUGUUUCUUUGAAUGUUAAUGCUACUGACAUGAUAUCGCCAAUGCAGUUUAGUUCUAUCUCUUCUAUUUCAUCAGUGAUAACCCAUGAUUCUGGACGUGUAGGAAAGGUAUGUACUUUUAUAACAUCACACAUGAAUUUCAAACAGUUGUCCACUUUCUGUAAAUGAUACAUACUGCACUGUAAUAAACCCUUAGAAAAAUUAUCAUUGCAAUCUGCCAGGGUGCGAUAAUUCAAUAUUUUUAGCCGUACCUGACUGGUAUUCCGUGCCAUGCAUUUUAUACUUACGUAUUAUUUAGUGCUUCAAAAGGCAAAUUUCUGCGUACCUACGUGGUACUGAACUAAAAACAAAGAAGUACCAGACCAUAAAUUUGGCGUACCUUCGUUACGUUGGUACGCGAAUUAUCGCACCCUGUCAAUCGGCUUCAGAAACCGGGUUUACUCGAAUACUUUUAAUACCUUCGAAAAAAAAUUUUGUAUUUUGCCGUAAGAAAUGCCAUGUUCUCUCGACUUGUACUGGACAACAUCUCCAAUAUAAACUGUGAUGUUAUUCACAGUUGCAGAAGUGGUGUGGAACUGUUCACUGAUGUGCCACGUUCUACCCUGUGAAUGUAUGAAAUAGGUGAAUGGAGGUUUUUAAGAUUAAGUUCCCCAUUUUGAAAGGUCGAUUUACACAGGCGAUUUUUGACUGCGAUUUUCUCCUCCUGACGUAUGUUUCUAUUAACUAUGAUGCAAAUGAGUAUUUGCAGCACAAAUGUACAGAAACGAGUCAAAUGAUAUCCACUCGUGUAUAUAAUGCACUGGAUCACAUACGCCAAAAAUCGCCAGUGUAAACACACCUUAAUAUAGCAGUCUCAGCCCGGUAUAGUAUAUUCUAACAAAUGUUAGGCAGGGACACAUUACCUGGCACAUUUCUUCUAUGAUGUGUUGCGUUCUCUCAGGGUAUCUCGCAAGUUUUUGGGCGAUUAAUGGCGUAGCUAACUGCAUUUUUAUCAGGUCCGAUGGUGCUAUCCAGUAAAAUGGAUGAUCAUUCCCAUAACUCUAUUUGAAUGUAGAUUUAAGAAUUAUAUUCAGAUAACAUAAUAAAACGAUAGCUAUAUUUAGGCAUGCUUCAAACGUCGCGCAAAUUCCGUUGUGGAAAGUUCAUAUUUUUCCAGACCCAUGCCACUAAGCCGAACGUUAUUGGUUCACGAUUCAUGAGAACCAGGCUACUGGCAACCUCGUACCCAGAGUCAUUUCUCCGUCCUCAGACCCUGGAGACAUCCAGCUGAGUACGAUGUUGGGCUCCCGGGUCAAAAAAUCAUGCGUGACGUUAUUAUCGAGAGUCUAUUCAGAAGUGAUGCUCUUUCAUACGAUUGAUCGUUUCUGAUGCAUCUAACACAAUAUGAUGUUCGAUAAACAAUGCCAAUUUCCAAAUUUUUCAUGAAUAUGUAUUGUAAUUAUCAUUACAGAAUCACCUUUUUCAAUUGCAGCAUAUCGUCCAAUCCUUCCAGUUUGUAUGA